GAAAUCUGUUUCGGCAAGCUCCUCUCGUUUUCUUCUACUGCCAAGUGUGGAGAAUUCUGAUCGAGAAACUAAAUUAAAUUAUGGAUCGUCGGACCACGGGUCGGGUCUCCGCCGCUGCCCUAUGGUUUCUUCUUCUGAUCUCAUCGGCGCACUCCUUCUAUCUCCCCGGCGUUGCGCCUCGCGAUUUUCAAAGAGAGGAUGAACUUCAAGUCAAAGUGAACAAGCUAUCAUCUACCAAGACACAACUCCCAUAUGACUUCUAUUACUUGAAAUACUGCAAGCCCACAAAAGUCAGCAAUGUCGCUGAAAACUUGGGGGAAGUCCUUAGGGGCGACCGUAUAGAGAAUUCAGUUUAUACUUUCCAUAUGAGGGAUGAGCAAUCCUGUACAGUGGCGUGCAAAGUUAAGCUUGAUGCUCAAGCAGCAAAGGAUUUCAAAGAAAAAAUUGAUGAUGAGUACAGAGUCAAUAUGAUUCUAGAUAACCUACCGGUAGCUGUACUUAGGCAAAGGCGAGAUGGAAGUUCAUUAACAACUUAUGAGCAUGGUUUUCGUGUUGGAUUCAAGGGAAAUUAUGCUGGGAGCAAAGAGGAGAAAUAUUUCAUUCAUAACCACUUAAGUUUCAGAGUAAUGUAUCAUAAAGACCCAGAAACUGAUUCUGCUCGAAUUGUUGGAUUUGAAGUUUCUCCAAUCAGCAUUAAUCAUGAAUACAAGGAAUGGGAUGAGAAGGAUCCAAAGGUGUCAACAUGCAACAAAAACACUAAAAACAUAAUUCAGGGUGGAGCUGUUCCACAGGAAGUUGAUACAGACAAAGAGCUCAUAUUUACGUAUGAUGUUACUUUCAAGGAAAGUGAUAUUAAGUGGGCGUCACGGUGGGAUACCUACCUCCUCAUGAAUGAUGAUCAAAUUCACUGGUUUUCAAUCAUUAACUCUUUGAUGAUUGUUCUCUUCCUAUCUGGUAUGGUUGCCAUGAUAAUGAUGAGAACUCUGUACAGAGAUAUUGCAAACUAUAACCAAUUGGAAACCCAAGACGAAGCUCAAGAAGAAACAGGAUGGAAACUUGUUCAUGGAGAUGCGUUUAGGGCACCCGUAAAUUACGGGUUGCUCUGUGUUUACCUAGGAACUGGGAUUCAGCUCUUUGGAAUGGCACUUGUGACAAUGAUCUUUGCAUUACUAGGUUUCCUUUCGCCUUCCAACCGUGGUGGACUUAUGACUGCCAUGGUUCUGUUAUGGGUUUUUAUGGGAUUAUUCGGGGGCUACUCAUCCGCCCGUUUGUACAAAAUGUUCAAAGGUACAGAGUGGAAGAGGAAUACCUUAAAAACAGCUUUCAUGUUUCCAGGUAUUCUUUUCGCAGUCUUCUUUGUGCUGAAUGCUCUGAUUUGGGGAGAAAAAUCGUCUGGAGCUGUACCCUUCGGAACAAUGUUUGCUCUUGUGUGCUUGUGGUUUGGAAUUUCAGUACCGUUGGUAUUUGUGGGCAGCUAUUUGGGCUUCAAAAAGCCCGUUAUUGAUGAUCCCGUGAAGACAAAUAAGAUUCCGAGACAGAUACCUGAACAGGCCUGGUACAUGAAGCCGAUGUUCUCGAUACUUAUCGGAGGCAUUCUUCCAUUCGGUGCUGUUUUCAUCGAACUGUUCUUCAUCUUGACUUCCAUCUGGCUGAACCAAUUCUAUUACAUCUUCGGUUUCCUCUUCAUAGUCUUUGUAAUAUUGAUGAUUACAUGUGCAGAGAUCACUAUUGUUCUGUGCUAUUUCCAGUUGUGCAGUGAAGACUACAAUUGGUGGUGGAGGGCUUAUCUCACUGCUGGUUCUUCAGCUCUGUACCUUUUCCUCUACUCCAUUUUCUACUUCUUCACCAAAUUGGAGAUUACGAAGCUCGUUUCUGGCAUUUUGUACUUUGGGUAUAUGUUGAUUGCUUCGUAUGCUUUCUUCGUUUUGACCGGAACCAUUGGCUUCUACGCUUGCUUCUGGUUUGUUAGGAAGAUCUAUUCGUCAGUGAAGAUCGAUUGAUUUGAAAAGACGGAAACUAAAGCAAUAAUAUAGAAGAGAAAGUCGAAUCAGGUACUGCCAACUCUGCAGGAUGAGAGCUAUAAAAUUUUCCGCACCUGCAAAACUGUAUUUUUUUUCUUUUUCUUUUCUUUUGGGGGGUAUUACACUAAUGUCGAUUUGCUGGAACAUGAGAUGUAGACGAAUUAAUGAGAUAGAAGGCAGAGGUGAUAGUUGUGUUUGAUGGUUUAAUCGUUGGCACCGGUUCAAUUGUAGUAGCUUAACGGAUUCUGGUUCUAGUCUUAUAUAUAUACUUUCUUUUUUAUUUCGAAUUAUGUUUUCAUUCAU